GCCAUUUUUAUAAGUAUACAGUCACAAGCAUAAAUCCAAACCCCCUUUUUUUCUGUGCAUUUACAGGUGUGUUUAAGAAAGUUAGUUCCUCUUCCAUUUUUGAAGAUGACACCUAUGCAACUGUAUUGCUUGUCUUUCACCCCCAUGCCUGGGUUUUGCAAUAAUGCAGCACCAGCUUGCCAUCACUUCCAAAACACUCAUAGAGGGUUCCAACUUCCUGGUCUGGAGAUGGAGCAAAAGACUGGUUUACGUAUAUAAACAGCUGCUCGGAGGCCAUCAGCUUGAGGAACUUCUUGAUGAAGUCGACGAGCCCCUGGAUGGUGCGGGUGCGCUCCACGGCCCACUUCUUGGUCCUCAUGAUGGGGGUGUCGCCCACGGCCUUCAGCAGCACGUCAAUUUUCUUCUUGGCGUCGGCGGCGGGUUCCUCGGUGCCCGGCGAGCCGGCCGCGGGAGGCACCGGGUCGGCAGCGCCCGCUGCCGCCGCCGCAGCCCCGCUUUCCGCAGCCUCCUCCCCGGCUUCCCCCUGCGGCGACACCGCCGCCUGCUCCCCGUCCUCCGCCAUGCUGCUGCGGGCCGGGCGGAAGCCACGCCCCGUCCUCGCAGUGCGGCGCCGCGAGGCGUUUUGUCCCUCGCGGGACGCCGUCGUUCCCCCCGGUCCGGUCAGGCGCUGGGGGCGGGGCGGGGCCGGUUGGGUCGGCUAGCGGCUGCGGCUCGGUGGGGCCCGGCAGGCGGGGGCGGCCGCACCAUGAUUAAGGCCAUCCUCAUCUUCAACAACCACGGCAAGCCGCGCCUCUCCAAGUUCUACCAGCGAUACAGUGAAGAUACGCAGCAACAAAUUAUCAGAGAAACUUUCCAUUUAGUAUCCAAACGUGAUGAAAACGUCUGUAAUUUCCUGGAAGGAGGCUUAUUAAUAGGUGGAUCUGAUAACAAACUUAUUUACCGACACUAUGCCACCUUGUAUUUUGUGUUUUGUGUGGAUUCCUCAGAAAGUGAGCUUGGCAUUUUAGACCUAAUACAAGUAUUUGUGGAAACAUUAGACAAAUGUUUCGAAAAUGUCUGUGAACUGGAUUUAAUUUUCCAUGUGGACAAGGUCCAUAAUAUAUUGGCUGAAAUGGUCAUGGGUGGAAUGGUUCUGGAGACCAACAUGAAUGAAAUUGUCACUCAGAUUGAUGCUCAAAAUAAACUGGAGAAAUCUGAGGCUGGUUUAGCAGGAGCUCCAGCCCGGGCUGUUUCAGCUGUAAAGAAUAUGAAUCUGCCAGAGAUCCCAAGAAAUAUUAAUAUUGGCGACAUCAGUAUAAAAGUGCCAAACCUGCCCACUUUUAAAUAACAUGGCUACUCCAGGUAAAACCAAGCAAAAAUGUAAUAGAGGUUUACCUCAUAAUUGUUUACUAAAUAAACAACAUGUCUAACUUUUACUAUUUGGAUAAAACUCAAGGUACUGUAUAGACAUUAUUUGAAAAAUCAUUGUGUGGAGUUGAAUGUUGCUUUUGUCUUGUUUGUGAAAUUAAAGGAAAUGGGUAGUUCCCAUGUGAUUUCUAAAUUACAUUCCUAUGCCCUUGUAAGGCAUAUCACUGUGUCUUGGCUGCUGCAGUAUUUUGGGAAAGUAUUUAAGAUGUUCUUUACUUUGUAUAACCUAUAAUGCUGAGUUUUUUGUAUGUUCACUAAGGUCUAUAGUUAGUGCACUCCUUAACUACUUCUGCUCUUUGUCAUGAUUAUUUAAGUGCAAAUAUUGCAUGAAAACAUUAAACCUUUGUUUUGUUUAAAUAAAAUUGUAACAAACUGGACUUCUAAAUACCUGUUUGUCUGAUAUCUACUCAUUGCAAUAAAUCACUUUUAUUU